AUGGCACAGAAUAGCAGCGCCAUGACGCGCUCUGCUCGAGGUGAUGAUGCCACCUCCACCCUCCUCGCCACGGACUAUGUCCGUCAAGCUCAUGCCGCAGGCCGUCACACCACCAGCCUCGAUGAUUCGAGAGCUCAAGACAACGCCAUCCAAGCUCAGCGGCCUCGAAACAGUCCCGAUCCCAACAGUGAGGGCUCUGCUGUUGACGUCGUUGAGGGCAGCACAGUCCCAGAAGAAGGCAAUGGAGAGGGCGGGGAUAGCGAGCAGGAGGAGGUCGUCGUCAAGGAUGAGGUUGAGGGCGAGAACAUGGAGGACAUGGAGGAAGAGGAGGAGGAGAUUGUGGUUCCUGUCGAGGAAGAUGACUCGGAAGAGGAGUCAACUAUCGAGGUCGCGGCCCAGCCUCAGGCUCCUCCAUCAGCUGCUACCGCUGCGCAGCCGGCACCUCAGGUGGCAGCUCCUCCUGGGGCUGGCCCUGCGCCGCCGCUCCCAAACCAAGCUACAUUCAGGACUGCUGAUGUGUUGAUGCUCGAGCACUGGUACGACUUCUGGCAUAGAGGUCAUGGUACAUGGGUCGCUGGACUGCCACCGUUGACAGCCGAUCGCCAGCGAACGGGUGUGCGAGGACCAAAUGCUGGCGUAUGGCUCGCUGCCAACCGUCGUUAG